GAAGCGCCACUGUCCGAGCUCGAAGGGGGUGAAAAUCCUCAAUAUGCGCCGAUUUACGUUAGUUUGGAGGAUUUCGUUCGCCCAAAUAAAUGUUAUUGAUAUGCAAACAACACGUUAAUAUGACACUACCGCAAAGAUACAGCGUCUGUUUUAUAUCAUCUGUGGUUUAAGGAGUAUUUUGGUGCUAUUCGGCAUGAACUCGUCGGUUUCGGGCAGCGCUAAGCUAACUGGCUAACGGCAGUUUUCUCGAUUUAACGGAUUUAGAUGAAAUAUUGAGACGAGUGGUGUUAAUGUGUGAUAUAAUCGCGCUUUACUGGUCCGAGUGACCGGUAUCUGUCCUUAUCCGAUGUCUAGAUGAUGGUAAAGUCCUGUUUCCACGGUUAGCUGGUUUAGUUGGUUAGUUUUCUCUAUAUUUUUUGCCCUUUUGUUCCAGUUUUGUUAUUUGUAUUGUUUCUAAUGGCGCCUCAGAAAUACUCCGCUCAGGUUAUGAGCGCUGCUUCAAACGGCAAAGCCAACGGCUCCAUGUACCCUUCAUCUACUUCUUCUUCUUCAUCUUCAUCAUCAUCUUCGGCUGUGAACGCUGUAAAAAAGCCCAAGAUGGAGCAGAUUCAAGCGGACCAUGAGCUGUUUCUGCAGGCCUUUGAGAAGCCUACACAAAUAUACAGAUUUCUCCGGACAAGGAACCUAAUUGCUCCGAUUCUUCUGCACAGAUCUCUGACCUUCAUGUCCCACAGAAACUCUCGAACAAAUGCCAACAGGAAAAUGUUUAAAGUGGAUGACAUGCUUGUCAAAGUGGAGCGAAUGAGAGGAGACCAGGAAUCUCACAGCUUAUCGUCACACCUGCAGCUGACCUUUACUGGGUUCUUUCAUAAGAAUGAUAAGCCAUGUCAAAACUCAGAAAAUGAACAAAACUCAGUUUCUCUUGAGGUGCUACUCGUCAAAGUCUGCCAUAAAAAGCGUAAGGAUGUCAGUUGUCCCAUAAAGCAAGUGCCUACGGGGAAAAAGCAGGUGCCUUUGAAUCCAGAUCUCAGCCAAACCAAGCCUGGUGCCUUUCCCUCCCUACUCGUGUCAAGCAGUGAGUUCGAGCCCAGUAACAGCCACAUUGUGAAGUCCUACUCACUCCUCUUCCGAGUGUCACGCCCGGGGAAGAGAGACUCCAACGGCUUCAUUAAUGGAGAAACUGAUGAAAACUUAGAUGUGAAGGAUGAGCUCCCAAGCAGGAAGAAGAGGAGCGCGUCUCACCGUGAUGACGGAGACUCCACGGAAACAUUUGUUGCACAAAUGACCGUCUUUGAUAAGAACAGGCGGCUGCAGCUGCUGGAUGGAGAGUACGAGGUCUCCAUGCAGCAGAUAGAAGACUGUCCGGUCAGCAAGAAACGAGCCACAUGGGAAACCAUUCUGGAUGGGAAGAGACUGCCACCGUUUGAAACCUUCUCUCAGGGACCCACCUUACAGUUCACACUACGCUGGACAGGUGACCCCAAUGACCCCUCUACAGCACCUGUGGCCAAGCCACUAUCCACACGCAACUCUGACACCAGCGCCCCAGAGAGCCGCACACCCACCCUCAGAUCCACUCCCGUGGCUGUGAAAGACUCAGUGAACACCACCAGCAGCAGCGGCGGUAGUGGUGUGCAGACCAGGAGAGAACAGUCCGUCUGUGAGCCCAGACAGAAACUACGGAUCUUCUACCAGUUUCUUUAUAACAAUAACACACGGCAGCAGACAGAGGCUCGGGAUGACCUGCAUUGUCCGUGGUGCACGCUGAACUGCCGAAAACUCUACAGCCUCCUCAAACACCUCAAACUCUCCCACAGCCGCUUCAUCUUCAACUACGUGCCUCAUCCUAAAGGGGCCAGGAUAGAUGUGUCUAUAAACGAGUGCUACGACGGGUCCUAUGUGGGAAAUCCCCAAGAUAUCCACAGCCAACCUGGCUUCGCCUUCAGCCGUAACGGCCCCGUCAAGAGGACAGCCGUCACUCAUAUUCUGGUCUGCAGGCCCAAGCGCACUAAACCGAGCCUGUCCGAGUUUCUGGAGUCGGAGGAUGGGGAGCCGGAGCAGCAGAGGACGUAUGUGAGCGGCCAUAACCGUCUCUACUUCCACAGCGACAGCUGCAUGCCCCUAAGGCCACAGGAGAUGGAUGUGGACAGUGAGGAUGAGAGAGACCCCGAGUGGCUCAGAGAGAAGACCACCACGCAAAUUGAGGAGUUCACCGACGUGAAUGAGGGAGAGAAGGAAGUGAUGAAGCUGUGGAAUCUCCAUGUGAUGAAACACGGGUUCAUAGCCGAUAACCAGAUGAAUCAGGCCAUCAUGCUGUUUGUGGAGAACUGCGGCCCACACGUUGCACGCAGGAACCUGUGGCGCAACUUCCUGCUGCACCUGGUCAGCAUGCACGACUUCAACUUGGUCACUACAGCAACCAUCGACCGGGCGAUGACACGUCUGCGGGAGAUCCAGGCUGAGCUCCCGGAGGUGGAGGAAGGGCAGGAGGGCGUGGAAGCUGCCUGUAAUGGCCAUGCCGUCUCCUCAGGGUUCACUCUCCAUGGCAAACGCACCAAGAGCGCCGUAUCAGAUUGACCGCCUACCAGACUCAAGAGCUCAAAACAUGUACACUCCUGCCAGACUCAAGUGCUCUGGAAUCAAUUCUGUGGUGCUUCAGGCAUUCACCAAACACUGCUGGACUUCUGGAAGUCAUGAAAAACUCUGCUGUGCUUCUAGACUUCACCUAGAGUUCACCAAACUUCAGCUGUGCUUCUAGAGUUCACCAAACUUCAGCUGUGCUUCUAGAGUUCACCAAACUUCAGCUGUGCUUCUAGAGUUCACCAAACUUCAGCUGUGCUUCUAGAGUUCACCAAACCCCUGCCAAAUUAUAGGACAAAACCCCUUUUGUUACCUUUAAACAUAACAUCUAUCAAUUUGUUCACUUUGCAAUGUUGCGUUGGUUUCCCUGUGAAAUUAAAAUAGAAAUCAAAGAUAUUCAUGAAAUUAUUGGCGGUGUUGGACAAAUUUAUUUAUUAUACGGUGGCGCAGUGGGUUGUGCUGUCGCCUCCCAGCAAGAAGGGCCUGUGUCCAGACCAGGGCCCCUUCUGAGUGGAGCAUGUUCUCCCCAUGUCUGCGUGGGUUUCCUCUGGGUGCUCCCACAGUCUAAAGACAUGCAGUCGGGCCAAUUGGAUAUGCUAUAUAGUCUGUCUGUCUAUAGAUGGACUGGUGAAGGUUCAGACCUAUGAAGGUUCAGACUAACACAACGAUUGAAGCUGUUUGGACUGAAUCCUGCCUUCUGCCCAAUGACUGCUCCAGCUCCCCCAUGACCCAGAGGAAUAUGUGGCUUAGAAAAUGUGUGUGUGCGUGCGUGUGUGUGUGUAAAAAGGGUCUAAGGGUUUCAGUAUGGCGUUGAUAAAUUGAGCGCAUACAGUAUUGCUAAAUUGAGUACAUGUAAAUGUAUCUUAAACCAUUUUUCAUAGAAAUCACAGGCAGUGUGACAAACACUGCUUAUAGAAUAUAGACUUGUUUAGCUAUUGUAGACAAUACAGAGAUUUUUGGUGUUCUAGAAUUCACAGAGACAGUUUUGGUUUUCUAAUAUUCACAGGAACUGACUUGGUGUUCCAGAGCGCGCAGAAACGGUCUCAGUGUUCUGGAAUGCACAGAAACUAUUUUGUUUUUAUCAGGUGCAUAGAAACUUGCUUGGUGUUCUAGAAUGCACAGAGUUGGUUUUAGUGUUCUAGAAUGCACAGAAAUGGUGUUGGUGUUCUAGAAUGCACAGAAACUGUUUUGGUAUUCCAAGAUGCACAGAAACUGACAUGGUGUUCUAGAAUGCAUAGAAACUGUCUAGGUGUUCCUGAAUGUACAGAAAUGGUCCUGUUGUUCUAGAAUGCCCAGAAACACAGUGUCUCAGUUUGUAGAGACUUGGCUAGAACCGUCUUUACCAGAAGAAGGUGGCUGAAAGCUAUAGAGGCAGGUCUGAGCUGAUUGUAGACGAGUCUUGGUCUGUGAGGGAACAGCUGCCUGGAAAGGCUGCGGUUCAGACUAACACAUCGAUUGAAGCUGUUUGGACUGAAUGCUGCCUUUUUUAUUUUUUUUAACACACAACGAGCAAUCAUGGGUUCUCUGUGUUGGACGUCAUUCGGCGGAGGGUUCCCUGUUUUCUCACAGCAGCUGUCCUCACAAUCAUGGCUAGGAAUCGUUCGUCUCCGAGUAGUUUCUUGAGUGCUGUAUGUCAUUACGUGAGUAUCUGUAGAAUAGAAAACUGUUAGUCUUGAUUAUUUGUAUGCAUUUAAUAAUUUCUUUCACAGGCAUUUCUUUCAAUGGUCAUUUAGCACUUCUUUCACAAGCUGAUGGCUCUAGAUGGUGAACAGUGGACAGUGAUUUUUCAGUUGUGCAUCAGACUUUAUCGAGCAAUGGUCCUCUAUGUGUUUUAUUGUUCUUAAAUCAGCGAUCGAUGUGAAAUGCAUUUUUUUUUUUUUUCUUUUUUGAUAACUGCAAUCGGUCGCCACCAACAACUGACCUGUCAAUGCUUCCAUGUGGUUUUCAGCACCUUUCCUAUGCUGUUCUGAGCAUUAUUAAGUAAUCAGCAAUAUUAUACCCGUGUUCAUGGACGCAAAGCUCUUUCUUCAGUCAAGCUUGUGAUUUUUUUGGACCCCCCCCCCUCCUAUGUUGCUGUUAUGGGAUAAACUGAUCUAAAUGUGUUUUUGGAACACCAUUAGACUGCUUUUAAAAAGGAACAAAAUGAAAGAGUGAAUGGAUGGAUGAACAAAAAGAGGGACCACUGCAAAUCCCUCCAACGGAUUUCUUCAGGAAACAACGGAACCCAAAUGGUAGAAUACUUUUCUAGAUCUGGAAACCUGGCUGAGACUUUGAGCAGUAUAUAAAAGACUAUGGUAAACGUGUCAUAGCAUAUGAAAUGCCAAAGUUUAUGAUGAAACUCCCCUCUUACUUUUCAAUAUACCAUGUAUAUUUCAAUUUGUUCACUUUGCGACAUUGCAUAGGUUCAUGUAACAUGAAAAUAUAUGACAUUAAAGUCUUGACUAAUUUAGUGAAAAAUAA